CCGCAGACUGACAGACAGGUUUAAGCCGAGGAAAGAUACACUCCAAACACUGUGGACACACAUCCACCUGCUCCACCGUAUCAGGCACCAUGCGGUUGAUGUGGCUCUUCUCCCUGACCCAGAGCGUGCUGUCCGUGGCCGUGAUCGUCGUCAGCGUCAGGCUCUGCAGGAAGGGUGGGACCGGGGCGUCUCCGGGGGGCGGCGCCGUGACCGCCUGCCUGAGGAGCUGCCUGGGCUGGGCGGGGGCAGUCGGAGCGGCCGUGAACGUGCCCGUCGACGUGCUGCUCAACAUGCGGAGCCCCCAGUGCCUGUAUGUGUGCAUCACGCUGGUGUGCUGCCCCCUGCUGGUCAGGCAGUUCACAGUGGGGUUACAGCUCCUGCUCACUGUCGAUGCUCACCUGCAGUGGCGACUGGGACACAGAUAUACACGCCUGGUGAGGCGUCAGCAGGCGCUGUGCCUGGUCCUCCUCGUCUGGGUCGCCUCCGUGGUUACCGCCUUCUCCCAGUUCAUCGUCUCCAACUCGCCCGACACUUGGGCGGAGGAGGACUCAGUGGGGCUGGGCCUGGAAGGUGGGUCUAAUCACACCUCCCCCCGGCCCCCUCCCAGGGUCCCGCACCCACAGGAUCGCUCGGUCAUCGGCAAGUACCUACCCUAUGCCGGCUUCCUCUCCAAGUUCGUCGUGAAGGACCUGCAGAACUUCACGUACGAGGAGCUCCACGGCAACCACUGGGCCGUGUGCGCCCCGGACGCCGUCCUCGACGCGGCCUUCUUCGUCGGCGUCUACGCUGUCGCCGUCUUCCUCGUCCCACUGCUCGUCCUCCUGGCUGCCUACCUGGACCUGGCGUGCACGCGGCAGAAGACACCCCCCGGCCGUUCCCGUUCUCUGGCUCUGUCCCUCUUACUCCUCGUCCUCCUGUGUCUGCCCCUCCACACCACCCACGUCCUGCGCCUCCUCGUCCCCGCCAGCCGAAGACCCGUCUGGGCCACCCUGACGGCCACCCUCCUCUUCCAGGCCUACGGCUUGGUUCCGCCGCUCCUAUUCACCCCGGAGACAACCAUCUCCUCAAAACUGAAGCCAGUGGGCUCACCUGCAGAGUUCUGUCCACCUCGGCAAACACCAAAAGCCCAGACGCCAGAUGAUGUGUAGAACAAGGACAGUGAGACUUUGCUCUAUCACAACAGUAAUGUGUUUGUAAUUGUUCACCAUGUCAGCUACACGAAAAUUAUGCACAUGCUCCUUUUCAGCUAUUCAGAAUGAUUGUAAUUUUCCAGUCAGUUGAAAUAGCCAAAUUAGUAUCCAUGACAACCACCUCCAGUAUUAAUAACAGCAUUGUCCUAAUCCCAAGAUUUACAGGCUACAUACAUAGGAGUAGUCAUGAGCUCUGAUCUGGCUAAGUUUAA